GCGAGCAAGAAAUGGCUGCUACAAAGAUUCUGGUUCUUCUUGGUGGGGUUUUACUCUCAAGUUUGAUGGCAGCAGUGGAAGCUAUUGAUCCUUACACAGCUCCGGGCAGUUCGCAAAGAAUCAACGCCACCGUUGUUCAAGGCUACGUUUUCUGCCAGAAUUGCUACAAGGACUGGAGCAGACAUCUGGGAGGGGCUGAGGUUUCUGUAGAAUGCACGGCGAUUUCCACCGGCAAGCUCGUCGCCCUCGGCAAAGGAGUUUCCCGCGAGAAUGGCUACGUGGAAAUCCGGUUGGAUGGGUACGAUUACAGCAGCAAGCUCAAGAUCCACCGCUGCCUGGCGAAAAUCGUCCGCUCACGGGACCCAUCCUGCGAUUAUCGCACGAAUGUAAAUUCUGGAUACAGCGGCGCCAAGCCCCAAUUCUCCGGAGUCGCGGGAAACAUCGCCUAUUUCACUACAAAUGCGUUUUCUUUUACUCCAAUGUGCUCCUACUGAUCAAUAGCUUCGCUCAAUGUAAAGCAAGCGGCAAGAACCCUAAAAGCUUCAUUUGGCGGCAAAUUUUAUUGAAAAUUUUCUCUUUUUGAAAUUUA